AUUUAUUCCGAGUUUUAGCUUAACAGAGAAACCAUUAGCGCUUCCGGUGAAUUAUUUUGCACUUUUUCAGUUGCUUUAGACUUAGACAUCUCAAAGCUCCAAACUUCUAGAUCUAGAUAUCAAGAUUUAAAAUCUAGAUCUACAGUAUUAAGAUAGGAUGAGCAUUUUGGCUUACAAUGGUGCUGCCAUUAUGGCUAUGAAAGGGAAAAACUGUGUCGCUAUUGCAGCUGACAGACGUUUUGGUAUUCAGGGACAGACUGUCAGCAUGGAUUUUGAUAAAAUUUUUGAAAUGGGACCCCAUCUGUACUUGGGGUUACCAGGCCUUGCUACAGAUGUGCAGACAGUGCUACAGAGGUUAAAGUUUCGUCUUAAUAUGUAUGAGCUUAGAGAAAAUAGGAGAAUCAAGCCUAAGACAUUUAUGAGUAUGGUUUCAAAUUUGCUUUAUGAAAAAAGGUUUGGUCCUUAUUUUAUAGAGCCAGUCAUAGCUGGACUUGAUCCUAAGACGGGUGAGCCUUACAUAGCUUCAAUGGAUCUUAUUGGUUGUCCAAUGGAAACCAAUGAUUUUGUAGUCAGUGGAACUUGUUCAGAACAGAUGUAUGGCAUGUGUGAAUCUCUUUGGGAGCCAGACCUGGGUCCAGAUGAUUUGUUUGAAACUAUCUCACAGGCCCUCAUGAAUGCCUUUGAUCGUGAUGCUGUUUCUGGUUGGGGUGCUGUUGUCUAUAUUAUAGAAAAAGAUAAAGUAACCAAAAAGUUCCUCAAGACAAGGCAAGAUUAACUAUUGUUGUUUUUAAAUGUCUGGUCCACAGAAUUUCUUAUUUUAAGGGAAACAAUCAUGUUUUCCUUGUCAUGUAUUGAACAAUUUGAAUACAAUUUCAUCAAUAAAUACAUUGUUUCACCAAUAA